CACCCCCCCCACCUUGCGUCACGUCCGGCCUGCGAGUUACCGCCCACUCGCCCCGGCGCCUCUGGCUCCAGGCCGCCCUCCGGAUCGGCUCGAAUCCUGCGAAUGUUUUUGGCAGUAUUUUCAUGCUGGGCUUCCUCACCAGGCCUCUUCACCGACUCCUGUCCUUUCUGUGUCCUGGACUCCGGAUACCUCGACUCUCUGUACUUUGUGCUCAGCCCAGGCCCAGAGCCAUGGCUAUCUCCUCUUCCUCCUGCAAACUGCCCCUCGUGGCUGUGUGCCAGGUAACAUCAACGCCAGACAAGCAACAGAACUUUAAAACAUGUGCUGAGCUGGUUCGAGAGGCUGCCAGACUGGGUGCUUGCCUGGCUUUCCUGCCUGAAGCAUUUGACUUCAUUGCACGGGACCCUGCAGAGACGCUACACCUGUCUGAACCACUGGGUGGGAAACUUUUGGAAGAAUACACCCAGCUUGCCAGGGAAUGUGGACUCUGGCUGUCCUUGGGUGGUUUCCAUGAGCGUGGCCAAGACUGGGAGCAGACUCAGAAAAUCUACAACUGUCAUGUGCUGCUGAACAGCAAAGGGGCAGUAGUGGCCACUUACAGGAAGACACAUCUGUGUGAUGUAGAGAUUCCAGGGCAGGGGCCUAUGUGUGAAAGCAACUCUACCAUGCCGGGGCCCAGUCUUGAGUCGCCUGUCAGCACACCAGCAGGCAAGAUUGGUCUAGCUGUCUGCUAUGACAUUCGGUUCCCUGAACUCUCUCUGGCAUUGGCUCAAGCUGGAGCAGAGAUACUUACCUAUCCUUCAGCUUUUGGAUCUGUUACGGGACCAGCCCACUGGGAGGUGUUGCUGCGGGCCCGUGCCAUUGAAACCCAGUGCUAUGUAGUGGCAGCAGCACAGUGUGGACGCCACCAUGAGAAACGAGCAAGUUAUGGCCACAGCAUGGUGGUAGACCCCUGGGGAACGGUGGUGGCCCGCUGCCCUGAAGGCCCAGGGCUCUGCCUUGCCCGAAUUGACCUCAACUAUCUACGACAGUUGCGCCAACACCUGCCUGUGUUCCAGCACCGGAGGCCUGACCUCUAUGGUAAUCUGGGUCACCCACUGUCUUAAGACUUGACUUCUGUGAGUUGAGACUCGCCCCCCCUCCCCAUUGUGAGCCAGUGUUGAUGUGACUUGGAGGCAGGACCCAGGCACAGCUCCCCUCAAUUGGAGAACCUUGACUUUCUUGAUGGAACACAGGCUUGGCUUCUUGGGAAAGAAGCUUUCACCUGAGGUCAGAUUGCAGUUUCAGAAAGGUGGCAUUUUAUAUAGUCAUUGUUUAUUUCAUGAAAACUGAAGUUAUGCUGAGGGCUGAGCAGCACUGGCAUUGAAAAAUAUAAUAAUCAUAAAGUC